AUGAACCGUGACAACCCAGUAUCACCGACUGUCGACACUGCUCCGCAAGACCCGGACAUCUUUGAUGACGAUAGCCUCCUCCGACCCGAAUUCCCCAUCUCCAGCCUCUCUAAUACUGACCGCCCACCGUCAGCAAGCUCCAUUCAAGCCUCAACCCCACUGAUCAAGCGGAAACGGCGCUGGACAAUCGUUUCAAGCACGGUAGCACUCAUUGAUAUUCGAGUGAUCGCGACUCCUAGCAGAAAUCCUCUCGGCCACCUCGAGAAAGAGUUGACGAUAACUCUUCAUCACCCAAGAACAAGUCGCAAGCCAGAUUCACAAUCUCAGGAGGCCUUGUUUCACCUGCCGACAAAACUUAGCGGAUAUCACAAGUCGCCUCGAUCAGAGCAAUCUCUACCGGGGACUCAUCCAGGCAAAGGAAAACAGACACUAACAAUGUCAGGCGAAACCAAGGAUCUGAAUGACACCUUUGACAACGCCCCAGGAGGUCGCGGUCUGGGGGAGGUCGCUAAGCCCGCCGAGGGUGAUGUUGGCGACAGCACUCCAGACUAUAUCCCCAAGGGCUUUUCCAAGAAGGACAUUGAAAAUAUGGGAGGAAGCUUGAAAGUGCACGUGAGAUUGGCCCUUGAAGUGGACAUUCGGGUCAUUGCCAAAGUCAAGGGCGAUAUCUGCAUUGGCAUCUUGUAA